AUGGCCGGCGGGCGCCGAGCUCCCGCCCGCCCUGCCACGCAUGCUCCGCAUCGAUGCGCCGGCAUCCCCCGCCAGUCCCGCCCCUCCGCCAACGCGUUGCUAGGCAACCGCGGUGUGCGCGCUCCCAUUGGCCGACGGCUCCGGGUGCGGUCAGCCGGUCAGCGCGGCCCCGGGCCUGGCUCCGGGCGCGGGUCGAUGCCGCCGUCCCCUGACCUUCCCGGGAUGCGCGGCGCGGAUCGCAGCCGAGAAACUUUAUUGACCUGUUUCUUAUCUCCGGGAUACAGGGCGGAGAGGGUGCGGGGCGGGAGAGCCGGAGAACCGAAAGCGGGAGAGCGCGGCGGGGACCUGAUACUCCAGAGGAGGGCCUCCUCUCCUCCCCCUGUGGCUGUGGCCCCAGCGGUGGCUGAUCCACCUGACAAGCAGGUCCAGGACAUCGUAGACACUGGGGACGUCUCAUUUCAGGCUGCUGUCUUCCGACUGUCUAGUUCCUGGCUUUAUCUGAUUGACUCACUCACCAAACAUUUCCUGACGUGGGCCGCCCCUGGGGCCGCUGCAAACAAGCGGGUGUUUGCGCAGCGCCGCGGCCCAGAGCGAUGCGGAUUCGAUGGAGACGCGGGGCCUUCGGGGAUCGAUCGGGCGCAGCUGUCGCGGAGCAGCCCCGGGAAGCUGCCACAGGCGAAGCUGGCACAGGCCCCGGGCGGUGCAAGGAAUCUCGGGGUGCCGCGUGCGCCCUGGCACAUCCCCAACGGAGAAGGCCAGGCGCUGCGCUGUGGGGAACAGAUCCGCAAAGCUUGCAGGUGUGGGAAAGGCUGGCCCGGGGACCUGCGGGCCAUCCAGCUCUUACUGAACUGGAGGAGACAGUCGCCAGCGUCCCCGGCACUUGCCGUAGCCGACAAGUUCCACCAGCACGCGGUGGCCGGGGCGCACGGAGGCCACCCGCACGCGCACCCUCACCCGGCCACCGCGCCUCCACCGCCCCCUCCGCAGCGCCUGGCGGCCAGCGUGAGCGGCAGCUUCACCCUUAUGCGCGACGAGCGGGCGGCGCUGGCCUCGGUGGGCCACCUCUACGGGCCCUAUGGCAAGGAGCUGCCCACCAUGGGGUCGCCACUGUCGCCGCUGCCCAGCGCGCUGCCCCCGGCUCUGCACAGCGCCCCGCAGCCGCCACCGCCUCCUCCGCCGCCGCUCGCCGCUUACGGGGCUCCGGGCCACCUGGCCGGGGACAAACUACUGCCACCCGCCGCCUUCGAGCCACACGCCGCGUUGCUGGGACGCGCGGAGGACGCGCUGGCCCGAGGGCUUCCUGGAGGCGGCGGCGGCGCGGGAGGCGGCGGGGCGGCUGGCGGGGCGGCCGCGGGUUUGCUGGCUCCGCUGGGCGGGCUGGCCGCGGCUGGGGCUCACGGGCCUCACUCAGGUGGUGGUGGCCCCGGAGGGGGCGGUGGCGCCGGCGGAGGUGGCAGCGGCCCGGGAGCCGGCGCCGCAGCCGAAGAGAUCAACACCAAAGAGGUGGCCCAGCGCAUCACCGCCGAGCUGAAGCGCUACAGCAUCCCGCAGGCCAUCUUCGCGCAGCGCAUCCUGUGCCGCUCGCAGGGCACCCUCUCCGACCUGCUGCGCAACCCCAAGCCUUGGAGCAAGCUCAAGUCCGGUCGCGAGACCUUCCGCAGGAUGUGGAAGUGGCUGCAGGAGCCCGAGUUCCAGCGCAUGUCGGCGCUGCGCCUGGCAGCCUGCAAGCGCAAGGAGCAGGAUCAACAGAAGGACAGGGCUCUACAGCCCAAGAAACAGCGGCUGGUGUUCACCGACCUGCAGCGCCGCACGCUGAUCGCCAUCUUCAAGGAAAACAAGCGGCCGUCCAAGGAGAUGCAGGCCACCAUCUCACAGCAGCUGGGCCUGGAGCUCAACACCGUCAGCAACUUCUUCAUGAACGCCCGACGCCGCUGCAUGAAUCGCUGGGCUGAGGAGCCGGGUGCCACUCCGGGCACCGCGACAGCCACUGCCACCUUCUCCAAAGCCUGAGCCUUCCACUCGCCACCCCCACCCCAACCCCAGGGAAUCGCACACCCCAGCCCCGGGCAUGGGGACCCCUCCCCCACCCAGCCAAAGGAAAUCCCACCCACCCCCAGGGGACAGGGACCCACCCGAGCCCCCUUCAGUUUUGGACACUAAAGGGACCUCGAGGGAAGAGUGGGUCGAGAAUCAAGCACACCUUACAAACAAAACCCGGGUAUUUAAAAAAAAAAAAAUUAAAUAGAGAACCUUUCCUUCCCAGAUCCCAGACCUCCUCAAAAGGGGGAAAGCAGACAACUGCCUGUUUCUCCGCCCCCCCCCCCCUUCUCCUCCAGGCCAGGUCUCUGUCCCUUUGCCCCUUCCCAGGAACUGUGACUCGUCCCAAGUGGCUAAAAACCGACAAUAAGCUGGAUCCUUACAGCACCCAUCCCCAAACCUUGCUCCAAACCAAGCCCUCUCUCCGGGCAGGAAAGCCCCUCACCGCGGAGACCCUGGCCGCCACCCCCACCUCAGCGGCCUGCAAAUCCUGUGCCAACAGUCCCCUGCCUUAAGCCGGGGAGGGGAGCUACGAGAGCCCCCUGUCUCCAAGGAGACAGUGGCAGAUGUGGGUGGAGAUGAGGGUCGCCAUGGCCGCCUCGCCUCAGCGCCCCUGGUUGAGUUCGCUAUGAGCACCUUGCUACGUGAAGAAAGCUACACAGGGAACAAUGUCACCAGAAAGCAAAAAACGACACCCCAGAUCUUGGGGGCACAUCAGAGUCUCCAGAUCCGGGGGGGCCUUGGAUGCAAAGCUCUGGAAAUCUCUGGAACUCGUCGCCUGGUUUCUGGUUGCUUGGGGGUGCACAUCUGGGCACCCCACACACCAGAGGACAUUCGGGGUAAGCCUCGCCUUGGUGACGCCUCUCUCAGAGGAGGAAGUGGAAAACUGCUCGCUCCGUUGUUUUGCCAAAAAAUGUACAAUGGGGAAGGGUCAGAAGCAAGGGGGCACCCCCACCACGCUGCUCAGUCCUCCCCUCGCCUGGGAGCCAGAUCCAGGAGGCUGCCUCUCCCCCUCCCCCUCUGGGGGUCCAAGAUCCUGGGAACUACUCUCUUCUGAACCCUAUCCCAUGGCUGCUCCCAGGAAGGGCGCACCCUCAGUUUCCCUAGAGAAUGCAAGAGACCUUUCUAGUGAGAAGAAAAGGAACCUCCCAUCCUGUAAAGGCUACCUCACUGAGUCCAUGCUGUGAUUCAAAUAUCACGUCUGAUACCAAAGAUUCCCCCACCCCCCAAGGGUUUGUGCUGGAAGCCAGGGUGUCCCCACCCUCACCCCAUGGCUGUCCCCACCCGAGAGAGAGAGAGAGAGAGAGAGAGAGAGAGAGAGAGAGAGAGAGAGAGAAAGAGAGAAAGAGAGGCAAGAGGACAGCGAGGUCGGUGAGUGCCUUUUUAUUGAACCAAAGAUGUGUGUAGAGAGUCCUCUGUCCUAAAUGACUGGCUGCUCUCCCAUGGAAGCAACUUGGAUGGAUGCUUCUAGAACCUUCUGGUGUGAGGCAGAAUGCUCAGAGUGAAAAGAGUCCCCCCCUUCCCACUCAGCAAGAGACAGGUCUCCCCCCACAGAAACACUGAGACACGCACACACCAAACACACCCGGCUGGUAGGCCAGUGCACGCGCGCACGUACACACACACACACACACACACACACACACACACACACACACACACAAUCAUCCGGAACUCUAGUUCCGAAGGACUCGGUGCCCUCUUCUGGUCCUCCCAGGCACCUGCACCCUCACACACCCAUACAUGAUUAAAAAUAAAAUAUGGGUUUUUUUUGUUUGUUUGA